GUUUGAAGAAGGUGAGACACCCGAGCAAGGGGAUGAGGAAAAUCAGCACCAACUUGUUAUUGGAAGUAGAACGCCAGAACCACCCAAGAAUGAUAUGAGUUGGGCUAGGUUCCAAACUUCGCAGUUUUAACUUUUCUUGGAGAUCAAUAAGAGUGGACGACAAUCGUUCACUACGUGCUAAGAUGCAUCAAGCUGCACUAAAAGGAGACUGGGAAGGUGCAAAGCAAAUGGAAAUGAUGCAUCCAGGAGCCUUAACAAUGGUGAUAAGUGAAAGAUCUGAAACUGCUCUUCACAUAGCGACGAGAGUGAAGAGGGCCAGUUUCGUCGAGAAGUUGGUGGAACGGUUGGACGAGCAUGAGUUGGCGUCGAAAAAUAAAUAUGGAAACACAGCCCUUUGCAUUGCGGCUGCAUCAGGGGCUGUGGCUAUUGCCAAGUUGCUGGUUAUUAAAUAUAAAGCUUUGCCACUUAUUCGUGGCUCAGGAAAUGCAACUCCUGUUUUGAUUGCAGCAAGAUAUAAGCAUAAGGAUAUGGUUUCUUAUCUUCUCUCCCAAACGCCCGUCUAUGGGUUGGCUAGGGAAGAGCAAAUGGAGCUGCUUCUUGGUGCUAUUUCAGCUGAUUAUUAUGAUAUAGCUUUGUUGAUUCUAGAAUGGAACGUGUCAUUAACAUUACAACGAGACUUCAAUAACGAGACACCCUUACAUAUAAUGGCUCGAAAGUCAGGUGCAAUUGGCAAGAAAAAUAAACCAACAAUGUGGGAAUCACAUGUUAAUAAAUGGUUGUCCAAGCAUAUAUACAAAAAGAAAAUGAUGCAAAUACAAGCAUAUAAAAUGGUGGAGCUGAUGUGGAGUGUUGUACUGAAGGUGAUUCCAGAAAAUAAGGUGUCGGAUUUCAUGAUGAAUCCGUCAAGUAUGUUACACGAAGCUGCAAGAGUUGGAAAUGUUGAAUUUUUGAAAGUGUUAACAAAUGAAUAUCCUGAUCUUGCAUGGAAUGUUGAUGGUGGGAGGAAGAGUAUAUUUCAUGUAGCUGUUGAGAAUAGACAAGCCAGUGUUUUUAGUUUAAUUUAUGAAAUGGGUGAGUUCUUGGAUUACCUACCUUGUUAUUUUGAUGAGGAAAACAUGAGUUUGUUGGAAUUAGCUGCCGAAAUGCCAGAUCCCAGUCACCUUAAUCAAGUUUCAGGAGCUGCCUUUCAAAUGCAUCGAGAACUUCUAUGGUUUAAGCAAGUGGAGAAGAUUGUUGAGCUUACAAUGAGGAGAAAGAAAGGGAAGCGAAGCCCACGUGAAUUGUUCACUCAACAACACAAAGGUCUAGUUGAAGAUGGAGAAAAAUGGAUGAAGAAAACAGCAAAUUCAUGUAUGUUGGUUGCAACUCUCAUCACCACCGUAGUUUUCGCUGCAAUCUUCACCGUACCAGGUGGAUACACCAACACCACCAGCACCACAGGGAGCGUCAUCGAGAACAACAACAACACAGGCACUCCUCUAUUUCUUUACCACAAAUGGUUCACUGUUUUUGUGAUAUCAGAUGCAACAGCUUUGAUCUCAUCUUCAACUGCCAUACUAUUGUUUUUGUCAAUCCUCACAUCACGUUGUGCAGAAGAAGAUUUCCUUCUAUGGCUCCCAUUAAAGUUGGUAUUUGGACUUGGAACUCUCUUCUUAUCAGUAGUUACAAUGGUAUUGGCCUUUAGUGCCACAUUUUUUUUGUUCUAUGGCAAAGAUACGGCUUGGGUCCCAUUGCUUGUUGCUGGUAUGGCUAUUGUUCCUGUUUAUUGUUUCGGUGUAUUGCAGUUUAGGCUUUGGGCUGAUGCAAUAGCAGCUUUAAGGGCUACUUACUUCUUGUAUUUUAGGGAUGGGAUAGUUGCAAAUUUAUCAACUAUAUUUAAAAUAAUUAACUAUAUAGCAACUUUUUAAAAAA